AGUAAAAAGGCAUACGGUUUACAGCUAUAUAUAGCUUUACGGCUGUCAUAUACAGCUAGAGUGUGUACACAGUGGGAGCUCUCUUGUGAUACGUUUGCUCUUUAUAGUUUGAACACAGGUCGAGUUGACAACGCUACAUUUAGGUCACUCAUAGUUAAAAGUUAUGUUAAUGUAUAAGCGUAGCUAACUGUUGCUGAGGACUGCAUACGAUGAGCUGUUCCACAGAGGAUAUACAUAUGGGUAAACCGUGUUCAAAUAUUAACCAAAGUUGUAUGUAAGAAGCUCCAUGCAGAUUCAGUAAAGUGUGAAUAUGACAGGACUGACCUCUGGGGUAUUAGAAAACUUAUUUAAAGCCAUAUCACUACACUGGUGUCUGCUUUGUUCAUCCAUUCUUACGUGCAUAGAACAGUGAGCUCGUCCAUUACACCUCAGAAGCACGAGACAAUAUCGUCAAAUUGCCAGGACCGUGAACAUUGGACACUGUGCCAAUCAUUGUAGUAGGACUACUUUAGUGCCCGCUCCGGAUCUCCUGCCCUCACAUCAUUUUGACAGCAUCGUGACACUCGCAGCUAUACGGUAUUAAUUCAGGACAUCUGGGCCGUAUACACGCGGUGAAGCAUGGAAAGUCUGUACAUGACGAGCCCGGAAACCGUGAAUUCUAUUCCCGGACAAAUGAAAGGCAAAAUUCCUGAAUGGAUAAACGGAAACCUGUACAGAAAUGGGCCUGGUACUUUUGAUUUGGGCGAAAGCCAGUACCAGCACUGGUUUGACGGACUCGGUCUCUUACACAAGUUUGAAAUAUCUAAUGGAAAAGUCAAAUACCGCAGUAAAUACAUCCGAAGUGAAACGUACAAAAAGAACAUGGCAGCGAAUAGAAUUGUCGUCAGUGAAUUCGGCACCGCGGCUUUCCCGGACCCCUGCAAGAACAUUUUCCGAAGGAUAUCGACCUCGUUUCAAACUGACAACACCCUGGUCACGGUGACACCGUUAAGGGACUACGUGUACACCGCCUCAGAGGCGAAGGUCAUUCACAAGGUCGACCCCAAGACUUUGGAUACCAUCAGUGCCCAUGACAUUGAGAAGUUUGUGGUAGUCAACGUGGCCUCAGCACAUAUCCUCCGGGACCCGGAUGGCACUAUGCACAAUCUGGGCAAUUCGUACAAGGGAGCGCCUAAAUACAGCCUGAUUAAAAUCCCCGUGGCGCCAGAUGGUGAAGACGUUUUCAAGAAGGCGGAGGUUGUGGGAUCGGUGCCAUUCCGCUGGCCUAACAGUCCGUCCUACCUGCACAGCUUCGGCAUGUCGGACAAUUACUACGUCUUCCUGGAACAACCGCUCUGUAUCAACACAGGAUACCUCAUGGAGACCAUGCUUACGCGGAAAACUUUCGUCGACUGUCUCAAGUGGCAUGAAGGGACAAAGACUCUUUUCCACAUAAUCGACAAACGAACAGGCGAAAAAGUGAAUCCAAAGAUGACUUAUUUAGCUGAACCAUUUUUUGUUUUUCAUCAUAUCUCUACAUACGAAGAAGACGGGAACCUUGUGGUUGACGUAAGUGCAUAUGAAGAUCCCAAAAUUCUCUACAUUCAUUACCUCAAAAACUUGAGAUCGGAACAAAGAGACAUAUAUCCGGAACCAACAGUACGGCGAUACGUGUUGCCAUUGGAUACCAGCGUGGGGGCCACAUCGGGAGGGAAUCUUGUGACUCUGAGGAUUCCUCUGCUAGCGCCAUUAGACAGGACAAUGGGACGAUACUGUGUAAUCACGAAACACUGUCUGAUAUGGGUUUGGACUUCCCACAGGUUAAUGAUGGACGACGUGGGAAGAAAUAUAGAUACAUAUUUGGAGCCGGCGGUCCGUACAUAGACAAGUUGGUUAAAAUCGACACAAUGACGAAGCAAUCCUGGGUUUGGCAGGAGGAAGGGCACUUAUGUUUCCGAACCGGUGUUUAUCUUCCCGUCCAGGCGCCACCGAGGAGGAUGACGG